AUGGCAGAACAAAACAGCGAGCUACCAGAUUCGAUUAAUCAACUUUUGAAUAUUUUAAAUUCAUUUCAAAUACCUACCAAUACUGACGAAGAUUCAAGUGAAAUAUUAUUAAAAAUAGUUAAAUAUUUGAAUGCUUAUCAUGGAUCACUUCUGUAUCUACCGAGUAUUCUUAGUCAUGGCCUCUUUGCUAAACUUCGAGUCUGUUAUCGUCUUUUCCUCAAAAAAUGGCGACUACAAAAUCAUUCUUCAAACGAAUUUGAUCAACAACAAAAGUUAUGUUUAUCUGAGGUAAGUGCACUUUUUGGUCGAUUAUCAAUUGGUAUUACAGACACGAAUAUUCAUCUGAUGAAACUACUGUUCUUUAACAAAUCGUUCGUCGACGAAUUCAUCGAUUGUUUAAAUGCGAUUAUCAGUGGUCAACAAGAUUCUUUGUUAUUAAUAAUUAUUCAAUCUCUGAUAUCUGCUUUUUCUCGAUUGGCACUGAAAAUGAAUAUUAACAGCGAUCCAAUGCUUGAGCAGUUAACAGAUGCUAUUACUGAAUAUGUUCGCUCUGUUGAUUUGAAAAAAGAGAUGCUAACACCGAAUGUAACAGCAGAUCAACGACUUUUUAUUAGAAUUUGUCUUGAUUAUUUAAUUAACUGUAAAGGCCAACGUCGACGUUAUUUGCAUAUAGCUGUUCGUCGAUCACAAUUCCAACAUUUUAUCGAAUGGAUUCAAGAAGAAAAUCGGUCACUUGUCGGUAAAAUGACUAUUGAAACUGUAACUAUUGUUGAUUAUAUAGCAACUAUUUUCUCUACUCGUCAAGCUGAUGAGGCAUUUGCAUCGGAUGCUCUUGUCAAACAAUAUCUGGACAUGUAUGAUUGGUCUUUAGGCAAUUGGAAACAGACAAGUAAAACCAUUGAUAAGAUUUUAGUACCCGUUAUUUUGCAAGAUUUUGAUCCUUUAAAACCAGAUGAAGUCAUUUACAAACAUAGAGAAAAGCGGAGACGUGAAAAUCAGAUACGUAUAGCUAAACGUAACAGAGAAGAUACCAUAAUUGUAUGGAUUUACGAUAACAAAACGAUCGAAGACAACAAUCUAGUGAAGAUUAAAUCACAUCUGGAUUCGAUUAGAUAUAAUAUAUGUUGCUUUGAUAUCUCACAAAGUGUUUCCUCUGCUCUCGAUUUCAUUCUAAGCCAUCGUUCAAACUGUCUUGCUAUUCUGAUUGAUGCUGUUGCUCUUCCUUUUAUACUCAAUCAAAUUCUUGAUGCUGUACAAUUUUCGUCUACUAUAUUUGUUUAUAACUCAAAGCAAGAAAUUCCAUUCGUUUCAUUUUUCUCAUCGAAUAUUCAAUCUUGUAUCACGUCAUUAGCGACCGAUGUUGAAUGGAAGACGAUAUUUAACACCGAAAUGCUCUUCUGUGAACCAAAUCAGAUCUUCUCUGUUGAAGAUAUGCCUGUUUCAUCGGCCCAUAUUAUGUGGCAUUUACUUCUUGUUGAAGCUUUGACAAAUAUGCCUACGGGUAGUCUUGAAGAAUUUGUGACGGCAGCUCAGCUAUGGUAUUCGACAAAUACUGUAGCACUUUUGGAAAUAGAUUAUUUCAAAAUAAAUUAUAGAACUGAAACGCCAGAACUAUGGUACAAUGCAACUAACUCAACCAUAAUUCAACGAAUACUUCGCAACGCUUUCAAACGUGCUGAUAUAGAGACGCUCUAUUUUGCUCGAUCAAUUAUUAUUGAUAUUUCGAGAAAAAUUAGUUCGACAAUGCCAUCAUCCAUAGGAACACGUCGUAUUUUUGCGUGUAGUAUAAUGAACAAAAGAAAAACCAAAUUUCUUUUCGAUCAUCAAGAUAGCCUCAUAAUGCCUGUCGAUUUUCUCGUGGGACAUGUGAGUUGUGACAAGAUUAUUGAUGAUCUUCGACGUCUACCAAAUAAAGACUUCGAUAAAGUACUCUUCGAGAUCGAUGUAGACAAUCAUGUACCAGUGUUGGAUCUCGGGGCGGAUGGUGUCCUUUUCAAUAUUGGCGUUCUCUUUCAACUUAUUCAUAUUGUUUUUGAUUCUGCUUGUCAAAUUUAUUAUUUUCGUGUGCAAACAGUUCCAAGUUCUAAUGUUGCUAAACGACUCAUAGACAAAACUAUUCAACUGAGAGAACAAGUGGGUGAAAGUACCGAUCGAAGAAUUUUGUUUGGUUCACUCCUAGCUCAUAUGAAUUGUGUGCGUUCAGCAAUGAAUUAUUUUCUUUUCUACAAUAACUACGAUGAGAAUGACAAAGAGAUGGAGAUUAAUACAUUAGCAGAGCUGGGUCGAAUUUCGCUUCGCUGUAAUGAACUUGUUGAUGCGGAAAAAUUUCUUUUAGCUGCAUGUGAUCUGUACAAGAGAAGCCAGAUUGCUAUGGAAGAUUCCGUCAUCGGUCGAAUUCGAACUGAUCUCGUACUCAUAUUGGUUCGACUAGGGAGAAAUAUCGAAGCCAAUGCUCUAUGCCAGGAAACAUUACAGUUUUUAUGCGAUUCACCUCAAUCACUAUCUCUUGAACUUCUGAAUAUUGCUCAAGGACGAGUGAGUCUUUGUGCAAUUAAUGAUGAAUUGGCACAGGCGACAUUUGACAAUCUAUGUCAAGAAUACAAACGUAAGAGCUAUCAAUGUCAAUAUGCAGCUUUGAUUGGUGGCAACGCAAUUGAUAUUGGUGAUAUGUAUCGCGAUAAAAAUUUACUAUCUAUGGCGCAUAAAUGUUAUUUAUUUGCUUAUUCUAUUAGUGAACAUAAUCAACUAAACACACAUCCAAUGAUGAUUGCCCUUUUACAUCGUCUCAGUCAAUUGCUUGAUCAAAAACCAUCGUCCAACGAAAUCGAAACAAAGUUAACUGACGUCUGGCAAAUUAUUUCGUAUGACGAUGUCGACAGUCAAGAGAACAGAAUGCUUGUUGAUGCUGGACGAAAUCUGGCUCUUUUUUAUGUAAAGAAAUGUGAAUAUUCUAAAGCAACAGCAUGGUUCGAAAUGUGUCUUUCAGUUUACCGGCAACAAUGGCCUAAGGAAGAGAGAUACAUUCAUCAAUGUCAAGCUUAUAUUCUUAAACAUCGUGUAGGUCUUAAGCUAAUAACGAGUGUUGAAACUCUGACAACACAAGCUUCAUUACAAGUGAACGAUAUUGUUCUAAGUAUGGAAUACGAACAUCUGAUAAGAAAGCAGUUACUGCAAGAGACUGCCGACGAAGAAAAUCGUCGAUGGGAGGAAGCUAUGAUGACUUGGAAACAGAAUAUGGAAGUCGAUUCUGGCAUUGUUACUCGUCAAUUAGUUGUUUGGAUUGAGCCGAAUCUUCAAACGCUGAAUACUGAUCAAGAAAUCCAAGAGAUAAUUAGAACUUCUCCAUAUACUGAUUUUCAUCCUUUCGAAGAUGUUGACUCGGCUGUCUUCUUUCUUAUACGUGAUUAUCAAUUCAUUCAUGUUCAAGUAGUUGUAGCGAAUAGUAUAGCGGACGAAUUUUUCGAAAUGCAAGAAAUAGCACAACUUCAAAAAACAUGUUGUUUGACAAUGUGUGUGUUCGUUUUCGAUGCUGAUGAAACUGAAGAAAUCGAUCGUUACAAUCGAUAUCUUACGUAUUUGCCAUGUGGUCGAAAAUGUUGGUUAGAAGAACGCGAUCACGAUGAGCGAUGUCUAAUUAUGUCGAGAGAUCGAUUUUUAUGUAAAGAAUUUUGUCUUCGUAAAGAUACACUUGGUAUGUAUAUUGCUAUGAUUAUUCGAUUAGUCGAUAUCGGAGGAUUUGGUAAUAUUUUUACAACUGAAGUUGACAACGAACGAAAUAAAAUUAUGUUCACAAAAGACGAUCAUCAUCAUAUUGAUUUUGUAGGCUUCAUGUCUGGAUACAAUACUGCGACACCGAAAGUCUUUAAUCAUCUACGCUUUGCCAAACCUCUUAAUAUGCAAAAAAAUGAUGUCCAGAUUGCGACCUUGGUCAUGUUUGCUCGUCGACAUAAUCUUACUGAUCAGCAAAUUGCAAUUAUCUGUCGAUAUUUUUCGACAGGAAAUUGCAUUCGAUCCGUGACAUUUAUCAAAUAUUUGGUUCGAUUAUGGUCUCUUGAGUCGCCAGUGUAUUUUUAUCGCUUGGUUAAUACUGCAUUAGCUGAAUGUUGUGUAGAAGAUCUUCAUUAUUUACGUUUUAUCAUAUAUGAUUACUUAGAAAUGUUCUACGCAAAAUCUUUGCCAUAUUUUGCAGGUACUCUCUAUCGAGGAAUAUCAACAACCGAUGAGAAUAUCGCUAUGCUCAUGUCACUGGAAGGACAAAAAAUCUAUUUUGUAUGUUUCACAGCAACAUCGAAAAAUCGUGCACGAGCUCAAGUCGGUGGUAAUGUCUUAUUCGAAAUUGAAACGCUAUCAGACAAAAGCCAAGAAGCACAAAAGUUAUAUUCAAAUGCGGAUAUAUCCAUCGUGUCACAGUUUCCUGAAGAAGAAGAAGUUUUAUACGCUCCGCUUGCUACGUUUCAUUUGACGAGUGUUCGACGUGAUGAAGAUAAUAGUGGUACGGAACGUUAUACAGUUAGACUACGAGAACUUGGCGGUGGUUCGUUUUUAUCUAUGCUCCACAUUGACAAAAUCAGACGAAUGCCGAAUGCUUCACCUUUUUUAACGGGAACUGAUCACUGGCAAAUUAAUAUUAGUAAAGGUAAAUGUUUUAUCCGCCAACAUUUUCAAAAACAGACUGUUUAA